AUGGAUCCGACACCGGAAUCCUCAUGCAUCUCCUCCGAAGCUCCACCGCCGCCGCCGCCGCCGUCAACCGCCGCCUCCCAACUCCUGGAAAUCAGCCUAAUAUCAGCCCAGGACUUGGCUCCGGUCUCAAAGUCAAUGCACACGUACGGCGUCGUAUGGAUCCGACCCAACAAAAAGCACACGACCCGAACCGAUAACCACGGCCAGCGAAACCCUAAAUGGAACGACAAGUGCGUCUUCUCCCUCGACAACCCGCCGGAGAACAACGACGCCACCGUCACCGUCGAAAUCUACACCGUCUCCUGGUUCCGUGACGUCAUCGUCGGAAUGGUUCGGGUCCGGGUCGCCGAUCUGAUCACCCCCCUGACCCGAACCCGCAAUAAGAAUACCCGUUUCGUCGCGCUCCAGAUCCGCCGCCCCUCCGGCAGCCCGCAGGGCAUACUGAACAUGGGCGUCGCCCUCUCCGACACCGCCGCCAUGAGAAGCAUGCCGCUUUCUUCCAAGAAUCGUUUCGACGAACACAAGCAAAACGACGACGUAACCGAUCUGAAUAUCGUCCUCUGGCGGUCCUUGAGCGCCGGCGACGGCAAGGCCGACGAUUUGUCGUUCCCCGAUAAACCCGGAUCGAUUUGCAACGGUUCUACCGUCGACAAUGGGUCGGAUUUGUGCUCCGACGUGGGUCCGUCGGCCUCCGUCGUGGCGGCGGAGAUUAAUACCACGGCGGCGGAUCAAGAAACCGGCAGCUCGAUUCUGGAGGAGCUCACGGCUGAAGAGGCGAAAGCGAAAGGUUACAAAUCGGUCGCGACGAGCAAGGAGAUGUGGAGAAGGGCUAUGGUGGAAGGCGGAGGAGAUGAGUCGGAGUUGUUGCGGAAUGGCGGCGGGAGACGGCGCUCGAGGAGGAGCUCCGACGAGGGGCGUUUUUCUUGCUUCGGAAAUGCAUACGGGAUUGAGUUUACGAUAGUUUGCGGGGCGGGAAAGAAUCCGAGCAGUAAUAAUAAGAGGAGUGGCUGCCGCAGAAGGACGAAGAAGACGAUUAGUAGUAAGGCUAAUUCAGCUUAA